GCGUGUAUAUACCUACCCCCACAAUUCCACCACCACCACCACCAACAACAACAACAACAACACUUCUCCCCUACAGCUGCCUGCCACUACUGUGUAUCAAGUGAUUUCUUUUCAUACUUUUAAAUAUACUCCACCUGGCUUUACACGUAUCAACUUGGUUAAAACUCAACGAAAACACCUGUGACAGGAUUGUGAAAAAAUAUACACACAGGUAUAUAUAAAUACCUGUGUGUAUAACUAUAUAUUUGUGAACACACACACACACACAUAUAUAUAUAUGAUUAUUAAAUUUUACAAGGAAUGAUUGACCCAGUUUACGGUUUCUUCCUAAUAAUAUGUCUAUGGCUACUUGCGAUGUUCAAAGUGUAUGGUCUGGUAACCAUAAAAUAUCUGCAAACAUUCAAGCUAUCAGGACAAAAGAAAUCAGAAGACAGUGGGAAGAGAGAAGAAGAGAACUGCUUACGUGACGACUGGGAGCAAAGACGGGAGGAGAAUAAGUGCUGUGAUCGGUCGAAAGAAAAAGAACGGGAUCGUUAUGGCCAGCAGACUCGAGAUCAAAGAACCCGCAUUGGACGGUCAGCCGAAGACGAGAACAGUCACCACGAACAGCAGAGAUCAAAUGAGGGCAGCAGCUCUGAACAACAGGUUCCGUUUGAGGAUGGGUUGGGCAAACAGCAGACGCAGGUUACGGCUGACGACUGUGGUGUACAGCGGACACAAGACAAGAGCAGUUGCUAUGAGAAAAAGGCCCCACGGAAGAAGGUCUGGUCGGCAAAUAAGAGUGAAUUGGACUCAUCAUCUGAAGGAAGUAGUAAAACAUCGACAAACAGUCAGGCUUUAAGAACAUCAGACAUAGCCAAGUCUUCCAGUGAAAGCAACAUUUCAAUGAUGUCUUCUAAGGAAACGUGUAGCACAAAACAGAAAUAUUCAAGUCUGAAGAGUAGCAGAAGCCAGCAACAUCAUUGGAAACGGUUGAGUUCUUCUGGACCCACGACCUCAGAACUUAUCAGACGUUUCGAGUCUAAAGACAGAUCAGAGGACAACGUUGUCAGACAUCGGCACCGGAAGAACCAUGUCAGUGUUACCAAACUUGUGGACACGUUUGAAAAUCUUGCUGGGAACAAAAGUCGCCAUUACGUGCAUAUACCUCUGUAUCCUUACUGAAUUCUGAUUGGCUGGCUGGUUGGUCUCACUGCAGGGUUUUCCACCAAUCAGAUUUGCGGGAUGCUGUCAGCAGAUGUGUGACAUCAUUAAUGGCUCUGGUUGCUUUUAAUUUGCUGGAAGACGAUUAUGGAAGACGGGAGGUAGGAUACAAGUCUGGAGAGAAAGGGUGGAUUUGAUUGAAUCAAACCCCACUCCCCCCUACCAAAGUGUAUUGCUAUGUUUGUGUGUUCUUGUUGUCUCUGUUCCUUUCUCACCCUAGGAGAUGAAAAUGCAAUGAUUAACCCUGCUGGGAUUAGAACUUGAAAUUCUGAAUGCAAAAGUUCAAGACAAAAUAUGCAAACAGACAGGAAAUGUUAUUAUUAUUGUCCGGAUUUUUCCAACUCCUUUAUAAACAUAUGUCCAUAAUAAUUCUAACUACUUUUAUCCCCUAAAAUAUAAGGCUAUUAUCUGGCUGAAACAUUAUUAUCAUUACUCUUUUACUUGUUUCAGUCAUUUUGACUGCGGCCAUGCUGGAGCACCGCCUUUAGUCGAGCAACUCGAACCCG